ACCUCUUAAAGCUUCAUGAGUGUGAUAAAAAAUUAAUAAUCUCAUGAAGAAGGUAAUAAUAGCGAUUUUGAUUAAGUUGAUCAAUCACCUCCUUAUCUUGUUAAGGUGGACAGUGAAGUUGAGAAUGUUCAUUAUAAGGAGGGCAGUGAAGUUGAGAAUGUUCAUUAUAAGGAGGGCAGUGAAGUUGAGAGUGUUCAUUAAAAGGUGGACAGUAAAGUUGAGUAUGUUCUUUAUAAGGCGGACAGUGAGUAUGUUCUAUAUAAGGUGGACAUUGAAUUUAAGUAACUUAUUGGCAACGUUCAAACAACAGAAUCGGAUUUUGGAAUAUCCUAAGAAAUACGCAAUAAGACAAGUCAUAGUCAAAAUACACAAACGAAAUCGAAAAUAUCCUAAGAAGAAUGCAAUAAUAUUAACAAUGAGGCAAGUGAUAAUGUACAAAAAAGUUAGAGGAGCAGCGAAGUUGAAUAAAAUACUGAUGAAUAGGGGAUGGUCAUAUAAGCUUAAAUAAGUCUGAGUAAUGUUUCCCCUCAACAUGUACGAAUCCCACCAUAGGGAUACCAUCUUCCAAAAGAAACCAAAAAUAUCUAUAAAGCCUUCUAUGGAGGGUUGAAACGAUUUAUGAUGGAUUUACCAAAAGAUAUUAUCUUUUCCUAUGAGGCUGUGAACUUUUUGAAUACCCCUCUAAACAAAUUUUGCAAAGCGAGGCUUUUCAAUUCUAUAAACAAGUGCCCACAAAUGAGAAACUUUGCAGAAGUAUUUUUUUGCAAUUAUUAAUGGCCCAAAUAUCUGUUAGAAAAUAAUAAAAUAAAUUUGGAUAGAUGUUUCAGGAUAUGCCCAUAGAUAAUUGCUGAACUUUUUUGA